CUAAAAGUGGGUUGACACACAUACUGUAACGUUACAGACGAGUUGAACGCCCGCUACAGUACACUAUAGAGUCGCUAGCAAGCGGUGAAAAACGGCUGUCUAAUUUGUGACGGAUAAGGGUGCCUUGGCAGUGUGUGUCAUAUGUCGCAGUGAAGAAGAGAGUGAAGACAAGAGUUUACUACAGAGUCAUCCAUCAUGAAGUGAAGCCAUUACUUAAUUAACCAUCAAUGACUCAGAUGUUGCUGCCAUGUGCAACACCCGAAGCAGACGAAAAACUCAUCAAAGACCGCUUGUCAACUUUCUGCCCUCUGACUGAGGAAACUUUCAGUGACUCUCCAAGACUCACAGAGCUGCACUACCACAAUCACCACACCCUGCCUUCAUCCAGCAGCACCUUCCUCAUCCUCUCACAGGACUGGCUGUACUGUCAGGAAGGUUAAUUUACAAAUGUCUACCUCACGAUUAAAAGACCCCUUUCCAACACUGCGGCCCUAAACAGGAUACAAAAUGAGCAUUGACCGGGAUGACAGCAGUAUCUUUGAUGGGUUAAUGGAAGAAGAUGAAAAGGACAAAGCAAAACGAGUGUCCCGUAACAAGUCUGAGAAGAAACGCAGAGACCAGUUCAAUGUCCUUAUCAAGGAGCUGGGUACCAUGCUGCCGGGCAACACCCGGAAGAUGGACAAGUCCACUAUUUUGCAGAAAAGCAUCGACUUUCUACACAAACACAAGGAAAUCGCUGCUCAAUCAGAGUCAACUGAGAUCAGACAAGACUGGAAGCCUCCUUUUCUUAGUAAUGAAGAGUUCACUCAGCUGAUGUUGGAGGCAUUGGAUGGAUUUUUCCUUGCAAUUAUGACUGAUGGGAACAUAAUCUACGCCUCUGAGAGUGUGACGUCCCUACUAGAACACUUACCUUCUGAUCUUGUGGAUCAGAACCUGUUGAACUUCCUGCCCAUGGGGGAGCAUUCAGAUGUGUACAAGGCUCUGUCCUCUCAUAUCAAGGAAGGAGAGACACUGAUGCCUGAAUAUCUGAAAACAAAAAAUCAGCUGGAGUUCUGCUGCCACAUGCUUCGAGGGACAAUUGACCCCAAAGAGCCUCCUGUGUACGAAUAUGUGAAGUUCAUUGGAAACUUCAAGUCCCUGAAUAAUGUGCCUAACUGUACCCGAAACGGUUUUGAAGGAGUUAUCCAGCGAUCGCUUCACUCUGCCUUUGAAGACAGAGUGUGUCUCAUAGCGACUGUGAGGCUUGCCAAACCGCAGUUUAUCAAAGAGAUGUGCACUGUAGAAGAGCCUAAUGAGGAAUUCACCUCCAGACAUAGUUUAGAGUGGAAAUUUCUCUUCCUGGACCACAGAGCUCCACCCAUCAUAGGUUACCUCCCGUUCGAGGUCCUGGGUACAUCAGGAUAUGACUACUACCAUGUAGAUGACCUCGAGACACUGGCCAAAUGCCAUGAACACUUAAUGCAAUAUGGCAAAGGAAAGUCCUGCUACUACAGAUUCCUCACCAAAGGGCAGCAGUGGAUUUGGCUUCAGACCCACUAUUACAUCACCUACCACCAGUGGAAUUCCAGACCAGAGUUUAUUGUCUGCACGCACACUGUUGUAAGUUAUGCUGAAGUAAGAUCAGAACAGCGCAGAGAGCUUGGAAUUGAAGAAUCACAACCUGAGAUCAGAGUAGACAAGCAGUCCCAGGAUUCAGGCUCUGAGUCCCAGCUCAACACUUCCAGCCUGAAGGAGGCUCUAGAGCGCUUCAACCGCAGCAGGACACCCUCGGCCUCGUCUCGCAGCUCACGUAAAUCCUCGCACACUGCCGUGUCUGACCCAGCCUCAUCGCAGAUGAAGCUUCAGGGAGAUAGAAGUACACCAGGUCGCCAGUCGGUCUCUGCUGUGGAGAUGACAUCACAACGAAGAUCGUCUGUCAGCAGUCAGCAGUCGAUGAGCUCCCAAAAUACAGGACAGAACAUGGCACCAUCGAUUGUUUCACAUCAACAACAACAGCAACAACAACAACAGCAGCAGCAUCAGCAGCAGCAACAACAACAACAACAGCAGCAGCAGCAGCAACAGCAGCAACAACAACAACUACAGCAGCAACAACAACAACAACAACAACAACAACAACAACAACAAGUUCAGACCAGUCAAUCAGUGGUGCAGUUCUGCAACCAGCUAGAAGCCAUGCAAAACCUGAAAGAGCAGCUGGAGCAGAGGACUAGGAUGAUCGAGACCAACAUUCAGCGGCAGCAGGAUGAGCUGCGGCAGAUCCAAGAUGAGCUGCAGAGAGUGCAGGGACAGAGCCUGCAGAUGUUCUUGCAGAAAGGAGCUGGAGGACUAAGUAUUAGCUCUGUUCAGAUGGCCCAGGGGAAUGCUGUGCAGCAAGGGGGGAUGCUCAGCAUGCAGGGCCAGGUGGUUUCUGCAGGGCCUCUACAGAACAACAUACAGCAACAACAUGCUACCCAGCCCCAGUCCCAACAACAAACGCUCUUACGUGACCAGAGCACAGCACUCUCACAGUCUCAGCGAUCGUCUCUCACUCUGCAGCCUCAACAAAAUCCACUGUCUGCAUCUCUCUACAACACAAUGAUGAUCCCUCAGCAAAGCCCUACUAACAUGGUCCAGAUUGCCACUAGCCUGGCUCAGAAUACUGGUCCCAACACUCCUGCUGUGGCUACAUUUGCUCAGGACCGUGCAGCUCAGAUUAGGUUUCCUGCCGGUCCCCAGCUGCUCACCAAACUAGUGACAGGACAGAUGGCAUGUGGGGCAGUCAUGGUUCCCACGACCAUGUUUAUGGGCCAAGUGGUAACAGCCUUUGCUCCUCAGCAGGGCCAGACCCAGACCAUCAGCAUUUCCCAGCAGCCAUCACAACAGCAGCAUCAGCAGCAGGAGCAGCAGGUACAGCAGCAAUCACAGGUCACAGCCAUGCAGCCAGGGCAUACUCCGCUGGCCCAGCAGCAAACGCAGUUCCUACAGGCUCCUCGGCUUCUUCAUGGAAACCAGUCCACCCAGUUGAUCCUGCAGGCAGCGUUCCCUUUGCAGCAGCAGGGUACCUUCACUGCCACAGCCCAACAGCAGCAGCAACAGUUACAACAACAACAACAACAACAACAUCAUCAACAACAGAAGCAGUUACAACAGCAGAAACAGCAACUGGCCCCUCACAGGGCAGAUAGUUUGUCUGAUCGCUCUGCUACGCAGCCACAGUAGCUGGCUAAAGCCAAUUAGAAGUAGGGUGAGCCCAAAACCAGGUGUGGGUGUCUUAGUGACGGGGGUCCAGAGAGGAGUUCUGCUGAAAGUGCAGCACUGAGACCGUGCCUCAGAGGCUGAGAAUUGAUUGGAUGGGCAGGCUGGGGCUUCUCCCCCUCACAAGGAUCUUUUGCUGUUUGCACUAAACUCCUGAGCACUAAGUGCUACAGAGAAACCAGGACUGGGCCCGCUGUGGCUCAGGUAGUAGGCAUUGGCUACGGGUCUAAGCCUUUUCUCUUAGUAAACAGGGAGCCACAAUCUCUGUAAUGGACCCCCACACCCGGCCCCCUCCCUUUGUGUUUUGUGUGUGUGUGUGUGUGUGCUCUAGUCAUCCUCACAGGAUUAUUUUCAGCAGAGCUCUUCAGUUAAUACAGCGAAGCUUCUAUCGAGCUUCAAAGACAUCCUGAAGAACAGCCAGAGGCUUGUUUGUUUUGGAUGUUUUCUCCUAUUCUUGUUUUUCAUGUAAAAAUAAUUAUGGGUCAGAAAAUAUUUUUAAGAACGUGGUGUAGAUUGAACUUUUACUGUACAGAACACCAUGUGUAAUAUAUUUUGUAAAUAUAAUGAAAAAGAAAGAACUAAUAUUUUAUAUGAUGCAUGAAAUGAAAUGUGUAAUCUGUUAUUUGCAGCUUUGAAUAUGCUUUUUUUUCUAGUACUCUAAGAAAAAAAGCUCUUAAAAUGCUCAGUGGCUGAUAUUUUCACAGACUUCCUUUCUCCUACGGGAUGUUUUUGUGUGUCUGCAUAGCAGACAAUGCAGAUGCUGCUUGUUGUGUCACAGUUUGUUUAAUCCUUGACUCAUAUUUUCACAAAUUUCGUAAAAAUUGUCAAAAUGACAGAAAUGUUUUAAAAGUAUUUUUAAGCUUUUUAAAAUGUGCACACAAAAGACUAGACUCAACUUGAGCGGAGUAUUGUGUAUGAAGGCUACCAAGGUUAAGCUAAAUGUUUGCAACAAUAAGAUUUGCCAACAUAUUCCUUCAUAUUCUUAUUUCUUAAUUUUUAGCACUUCUGCUGAGAUUCCUCCAUUUCAGAGCCAUCCAUAAUGCCUGUAUGAUACCUGAAGAGACUUUAUUCAAUCUAUAAAUAUUUAUCCCUUAAAAUAUAUUUACAAAUAAAAAUGUAAACUCAGAUCUGUUAACCUGUUGCUAAUAUUCUCAGACCAAGCUUGAGUGAAAUGAUUUGUGUUAGCAUGGGCUAAUCAAAUGAUUUGCUCAUUGGCAGUCUGCUCAUCCCUCCGGUCUUUAGCCUCUUAUCUGGGUCAGCAGGGUUAGGAGCAGCCUAGACUUUCUUUUUCCAAAGCGUCAUCCUCCACUUGUCUCUGGGUGACUUUCACGCAAGUCCCAAACCACCUUGACUAGCUCUUGGGGAAGCUGUAGCUCGACACAAGAAGUCCCCUCAUAUCUCUGAUCUCCUUGCACUAUCCACUAUCAGGAAGAUAGAGGCCAGUCACCCUGGAAAGACCUAAUUUAGGCUCCUUAUAUCUGCUGCCUCUUUCGUGUAGUUACUAACCAGUGUUUAGUAGUCAGAAGUAGCUAGUUUGUCUCGUGAGAAUUUUGCUUUUUGGUUCUCCGUAAUGCUUUGAUAAAAAGCCAACUGCAUUACUUAAAGUAAUUCAUCCAAACCCUCUUGUGAUUCUCUGCAUGUUUGCUCACCCUCACUUGAACCUGCAAUCUUCUUUUUUUUUUGCCAAUUUGUGGGACGCACAAACAAGCUGUGAACAUAACACUGACAUGUUGUCACCAUUCUAUGUAUAGCAAACCAAUAUAGCAAAUAGUUUUUACACAUCCAGCAGAUACGGAGCAACAUUAGCUUUCAGUUAGGCUGCGUUCAGUCUGCAGGCCAAAGUGACCCAAAGCUGAAGGUAGCUCACAUGUGACUCACAACAGUAUGAAUGACCCAAGUCACAUGGAAUCUAAUCUUUUCCAGUUCCGAUUUGGGCCACUUUCAUGUCUAGUCCAAAUCAGAUACAGAUAGGAUUUUUUUUUGAAAAUGGACAGUCAGAUAGAAAUUCAUGCAAGUCUGACGUCACUCCGGAGCAACCAUCAUCACAAUUCUGCACUAGCAGGAGCCACGGUAAACACAAACCUGAAAUCAGCUUAAAAAUAAAACUAUAGAGGCUAACCUCUGUGGCCUCCAUGUUUACGACAACGUGCUGCGUGUGAUGACGUAGGCUAUUUGUUUUUUUUGCACAUAUGGGUCACUUUCAUGUCGUCCCACUAUGUACACCAGCUAAUAAUUACCAGCUAACUAAUUUUGUCUGUCUGCGAUUUGUGCCGGGCAGGUUUUGUGAGACUUAAACAGAAAACAGCUGCCUGCUGCAGCCAAACAACACAAAAUGAGAGCGGUGAGAGUGAACCAAAACAAAGUUGCAGGCAGAAAACCAAAACCGUGAGCUGAAAGAGGCUAGAAAGCUCUGAGGGAAACUGCAGAGUCUGGUUAUAUUCAUCAGUUCAUCUCUGUGAGCAAUGACUGACACAUACAAGUAGUCAUGUGAUCCAAAUAAAAAAAUUGUGGGGAUCAUUAUGAGGCCACAUCCACAAAACAUGCAUGAAGACAGGUUUGGCAAAUUCCCUGUACCUCUUAAAUAUCCACAGGAGGGUGAAAGCUGCCUUACUGUUUAGCAAUCAGAACAGAACCUAUCCUAAAUUGGAGUUAUAUUUCAUGAGUAGGCUUUUCAACCGUUGGAACACACCUACGUUAUUUUGUCGGCACAGACUCCCUACACAUUCUGGUUUAGCAGGCUUGCCCGCAGCUGCCUCAUCACCUGAUCUAAUUCACUGUCACUGAUGGUAUCAAGCUGACAGCUCAGCCCAGUUUAACAAGUGGCCACUAUGUCUGGUGAAAUCCAUACAAAGUCAGUCUUUGACCAUUGGCCCAAAGUGGUGGUGAUACCACAAGCACAUACAGUAGGUGUCUGGUAAUGUCUGAAUAUGGUGGAGUUUAAUGAAGUCUGUGUGAAGGGCUGAAAGAAUAAAACAUUAUUCAAC